AUGGGCUGGCUCUGGGCAUCAUCAUCCUCGGCCUCGAGAGGCACGGCCGACGAGAAUGCAACAACUGCGACGGCAGCACCAACACCACCCGAGCCAAAGUACAGUGACCCUGAGAUUGCCAAAUUCAUGGCACAGAUUCAAUCAGAGUUUGGCAGCGAGCCCUCGGCAGAACCACAACGACCGUCACCCUCCUCCCGAGCCGAAGAGAGCCGGCCGAGUCAACAGGCGGCAGCAGCGACAUCAGAGUCACCAUGGCGCUCCCUCUGGGGGCCCGCCGCACAGUCCGAGACCGAGCCCUCCCCGCCAUUGGGCUCGUCGUACACUCAUACUAACACAAGGGUAGAGCGCGACGCCGUGCGGCAGCAUCCCGAUCAGCUUGACCCCAUUUCCGAGUCGCUCCUACCGACGACCAUGUCGUGCCGCAAUGCUCUCGACGCCGCCUUUUACUGCCAGUCGCCUGGCGGCCAGUGGAACGCCGUCUACCGUGAGGGCGGUGUGCGCUCCUGCUCCCAGCACUGGGAAGACCUUUUCUUUUGUAUGCGCACCCGUCCCAUGACUGGCAAACUCAAGGAGGACGCCAUUCGGGAUCACUACCGCGCUCGCGAGUUGGCCAAGUACGGCGCUGGUAAGCCCAACAGCACCGACGUCUGGGAAAGUCGCGAGCGCAAAGUGGAUGCCGGCACAGCAUUUACGGAGCGGUACGAUCCUCCAACAUUGAGCGAUGAGGAGUGGUGGGCCAUGGAGAUUCGGAGGAGACGGGCCAUACAAGAGGCCUUGGCUACAGAGAAGGGUGCUUGA